GUCGUCAUGUUUCUGUCCCUCCCUCUCUGCCUCUGUCCGUCGGCCAGGCUGCUGCAGUGUUCAACCUGUCCGGAGCUAAACACCAGAAAACAACCAUGUCUGAGAAACUUCCCUUCAAAGUCGCUGACAUCAGCCUGGCCGAAUGGGGGCGUAAGGCCAUUGACAUUGCAGAGAAUGAGAUGCCUGGUCUGAUGAAGAUGAGGGAGUUGUACGGUCAGUCCAAGCCUCUGAAGGGUGCCCGCAUCGCCGGCUGCCUCCACAUGACCCUGCAGACGGCCGUGCUCAUCGAGACCCUCACUGCCCUCGGUGCAGAGGUUCAGUGGUCGAGCUGUAACAUCUUCUCCACUCAGGAUCACGCUGCUGCCGCUAUCGCCAAGGCUGGCAUUCCAGUGUAUGCCUGGAAAGGUGAGACAGAUGAGGAGUACGUGUGGUGCAUCGAACAGACUCUGUACUUCAAAGAUGGCCAGCCCCUCAACAUGAUCCUGGAUGACGGAGGAGACCUGACCAACCUGGUCCACCAGAAGUACCCCAAGCUGCUGGCAGGUAUCCGUGGAGUGUCGGAGGAGACCACUACAGGUGUCCACAACCUGUACAAGAUGAUGAAGAAGGGCGAGCUGAAGAUCCCCGCCAUCAACGUCAACGACUCUGUAACAAAGAGUAAGUUUGACAACCUGUACGGCUGCAGGGAGAGUCUGAUCGAUGGUAUCAAGCGCGCCACUGAUGUGAUGAUCGCCGGUAAAGUUGCCGUGGUGGCGGGGUACGGUGACGUGGGCAAAGGCUGCGUCCAGGCCCUGCGUGGUUUCGGAGCUCGUGUCAUCGUCACCGAGAUCGACCCCAUCAAUGCCCUGCAGGCCGCCAUGGAGGGUUAUGAGGUUACCACUAUGGACGAGGCUUGUAAGGAGGGAAACAUCUUUGUCACCACCACCGGCUGUGAGGACAUCAUCCUGGGACACCACUUUGAGAACAUGAAGGAUGAUGCCAUCGUUUGUAACAUUGGACACUUUGACUGUGAGAUCGACAUGAGCUGGCUCAAUAAAAACGCUGCAGAGAAGGUCAACAUCAAGCCUCAGGUUGAUCGCUAUCGUAUGAAGAGUGGUAAUCACAUCAUUGUCCUGGCCGAGGGCAGACUGGUCAACCUGGGCUGUGCCAUGGGACACCCAUCCUUCGUCAUGAGCAACUCCUUCACCAAUCAGGUGCUGGCUCAGAUCGAGUUGUGGACGAACACCGCCAAAUACCCCCUGGGAGUCUACUUCUUGCCCAAGAAGUUGGAUGAGCAGGUGGCAGCUGCCCACCUGGAUAAACUCGGGGUGAAGCUGACCAAGCUGACAGACAAGCAGGCCAAGUACCUGGGUCUGCCCGCCGAGGGGCCCUUCAAACCGGACCACUAUCGCUACUGAGCCCCCUUACCAGGCUGAGGAAGAGGAUGCGAAGGAGGAGGAGGAGGUGUGGCUAUAAGGGUGUUGGUGUUUUGGUUGGUGGGAGCACUGAGAAAGUCUGGCUAGGUUGCACUCUGGGCGCCAUAUUGGUUUUGGCCAAAUAUCAACUUUUCAGGGAUACAGAGAGACAUUUGGUUUUGUUUUUCCCUCUUAAAUAGCCUUCCAUAUCAAAUGCUUAAAAAAUGUUGUUUCACAAGUUGCAUAGUGUGCAGAUCCAAGUGAUCUGGCAUGGCUGAAGUUUGAAAACGCCUUGUUCUGCUUCACUAAGCCGAGAUCCAACAUAAUCCGCUGGUCGAAUCACUCACUUCUGGUUGAAACGGGACUUUGCAGCCAAAAUUGCUGCCACAUAAAAUUUCAUCGACCCAAAGUUUCAAUUCAGGGGUUUUAUUUCAGAGUUUGUAAGGAACUGGAGGGUGCAAACAAAAAAAAAAAAAAAAAAAAGAGUGAAUACAAUUCAAAGCAAAGGCCAGUCCUGUAUUCCAACUGAAAACCCGUUAAAUUGUCUCAUCGCCUUCUUAUUUUUCUUGGCCACAUCAACGUACACUGAUACCUUCGGUCCUUGGCCGUCUCUCCUCGCUUUCUCAUCAGUACUCUUCUGAAACACCAUCAAGUGCUACUGUGGCUGUUAGAGAGAAUUCCUCUUGUUUAUGUCAUUCCCUCUCCGUUCAUGGAAUAAAAUGAACCCUGCUUCUUUCCUAUCUGAGCUCUUUUCUCCGUCUCGUUGUGGCGCAAGAAGAAAAAGUUUCUCUUCCAUAUCUUGACAAAUCAAGGCAAAUUGCUUAGUGUUCAGUGGCCUUAUUCCAUUGUGUAUUCACGUUAACCCCGUGUUAGCACUUAAUUGAAAACUGUACUUGAACUGUGUGAGAAGUCUGGAGACGCUCAUGAAGUGCUUGGUAUUAUGGGCUGUGUUCACUACUUAUCCAGGUUGAUCGGUAGAGUACAGACAAGCACCGCUGCCAAAGGAACCACCAAAGCACAUCCUGUCUUUGCCUGAUUUAUAAAAAAAAAGUCUUAUUCUUUCUGUUGCCUCAUUUUCUUCCUUUAUUGUGAUUAUUUAAUUUGACUUGAAGGGCCAAAACGUGUGUUUCGCCCACCCCCCCACACAAUGUUUUUCAUCUUUCACUGUAGCGAAUCAGGUUCUUCUGGUGCUGGGUGUAAAGCGAUCAGGGUGAAGUCGAAGUGGUAGUCGCGGCUCUUAACGGUUACAGCCUGAAGUGCAGAGUUCAACUGCUUGUAAAUGAUGGAUUGAUGUUAAAACUGUCAAGAGUGGCAAUGGAAAAUAAAAAAAAAAUUAUGUUGA